UUCCCUGGGACACGUCCCUGAGGACCUGUAUAGACGCUCUGCAGUUCUAGCUCUAUGGUGGUUCAAGAGGUGUCAUGGCGGAGGUUGAGGUGGCAGCCCGACUCAAAAGCCCCUUCCGCUGAUUGAAGAGCCCGGCAGAGUCAAUGCGCAGCGGGCUGAGGCCGGGCUGUUCCUCCGAGGGCUGACCAGCAGCCGGUAUCUUUCCUCCGGGCUGCUCAGCGGAGGAAGACACCGAGGGAAGAGCCCGGAGACCGCUCUUGGUGCCGUCCCCGUCCAGUUUCUGUCCGUCCUGAGGGUCCGGCGGGCCCUGUGGAGUGAGGGGCCGCAAGGAUGGCGUCCUGGCUGGGGGGCCUGGGCUCAGGGCUCGGCCAGUCCUUGGUGGGCCAGGUGGGCGGCAGCCUCUCGACCCUGACCGGACAGAUAUCUAGCUUCACGAAGGACAUGCUGUUGGAAAGCACGGAGGAGGCGGGAGAUGGUGCAGCAGGAUUUCCUAUAUCCAACACUGGUUUACGGGAUGUAGAAAAUAUUCUUGCAACACUGAGAUCUGAGAAUGAGAGGCUGAAGAAGGUUUGUAAUGAUCUGGAGGAAAAGCAUGAAGCAGCAGAACUUCAAAUAAAGCAACAAUCCAUAGAAUACCGCAAUCAGCUACAACAGAAAGAGGUGGAAAUCAGUCAUCUUAAAGCUAGGCAGAAUACACUACAAGAGCAACUACAGAAGGUUCAGUCAGCUGCUAAGUCAUCACAGUUAGGACCUGCUGUCUCUUCAUCAACUAGGACAUCAGCUUCUUUUGUCCCUAUGGUUAGAAAUAGUCCUGCUGGUUUUCAGAGUGAUGACAUGGAUUUUGGAGAUGUCAUCUGGUCCCAGCAAGAAAUAAACAGACUGUCCAAUGAAGUUUCUCGGCUUGAGUCUGAAGUUGACCAUUGGAAGCAAAUUGCACAGUUUUCCAGAUUAGAAGGAGCAAAUUACACAGAUCAGAAUGAAAUCUGCAAGCUUCAAAAUAUUAUAAAGGAGCUGAAACAGAACUUGAGUCAAGAAAUAGAUGAACACCAGCAUGAGCUUUCAGUAUUACAGGAUGCACAUCGUCAAAAAUUAGCAGACAUAAGUCGACGUCAUAGAGAAGAACUGGAUGAAUACGAGACACGAAUAGAAGAACUUGAGGAGCAAGUGCAGAAAGCUGGUGGGAUUGUUGACAGUUCUAAUGAACACGACCUACAGAAAAGUGGAUCUGACUCUGCGGCAUCUCUUUUGAAGAACUUGCAGGAUGAAGUGAAAAGUUUAAGUCAAGAGUUAUCCUCAGCAGCUGAAGAAAAACAUUGUCUCAUGAAAGAACUUGAAUUGAUGAAGAAGGGGAAGACUCAACUAGAACAGGAAUGUGAAAGACUAAAAACUGAAUUCAGUACACUUCAAACAUCUAUUCUUGAAGAACAGGCUGAUCUGAAUUUACAGCAGAUGAUUGCUAAGAAUUCAGUUGAGUCACUUCAGACAGAAGUGCUCCGACUACAGCAAUCGCUACUUGAUGCAGAGAAUGAAAUUACAAGACUGAAAAGAUUAGAUCAGGAAGGAUUUCAGAAGGAAGCAGCAACUUUACAGUCAAAGGGCGAGACUAUGCAUGUAUUCCCUGAAGGACAGAAUGUGGAGCUAAAUCAGAUGAGACAGGCCUUGGAAAAGAAACAACAGGAACUUGCUGAAAGCCUUGCUGAAAAAGAAAUUCUUACAGCAGAAAUAGAAGAACUGGACAAACAAAACCAAGAAGCUACACAGCAUGUGAUUGUGUUAAAAGAACACCUCACUAAACAGAAUGCAGAAGCUGCUAAGACUAUCAACCAACUAAAACUGGACAUAGAUUCAGAAAAAAGAAGAACAUCUAAGUUAGAAGCUGAGAAGCUGGAAAUGAACAAAGAGCUAGAAAGCCAAGGACAGAAAUUGCAGCUGUGUACAUUUACACUUAAUGAUUUGCAUAUGACUAGGCAACAACUGGAAAAUACAAUAAAAGAUUUAAAAGAACAGCUAAAAACAUCCCAGCAGUGUAGUUCAAAAUAUAAACAGGAAAUCGUAGAAUUUAAAAGAAAUAUAUUACAAAGGGAAGAGGAACUUUCUGCACUCCAAAAUGAGUUAACAAAAAUAAAAGAAGAAUAUGAUAGUUAUCAAGGUCAUUCAGCCAAAGAAAGUGAAGUAGAAAUUGCAAAGCUGAAUGAACAAAUUUCAGAAAGUAAAUUAAGAAGUACAGGCUUGGAGAAAUCUAUUUUAGAUCUUCAGAUAGAAAAGGAAAAUCUUCACGUAGCAUAUGAAGAACUUAAACAACAGUUGCAAGAAGCAAGUAGUGAAAAAAAUAAGAUUGUUUUUGAAAAAGAUACCAUGCUGGAGGCUUUAAGAAUUGAAAAAGGACGAUUAGAAAAUGAACUAAACCAAGCUGAAAGCCAGUUGUUGGACCAGGCUCAUAAAUAUGAGCAAACCAUUGAGGAGUUGUCAAAUGCACGGAACAUGAAUACCAGUGCAUUACAGCUGGAUCAUGAGCGCUUAGUUAAACUAAAUCAAGAGAGAGACUUUGAGAUUGCAGAACUCAAGAGGAACAUUGAACAAAUGGAAGCUGACCAUGAAGAAACUAAAGAAAUGUUAACGAGUAGCUUGGAAGGACAAAAACAGCUGGCAGAGCUUAUAAAAGAGAAAGAGGUUUUUGUUGAAAAGUUUAAGACAAGGGCCUCUGAGUUGGAGCAACAACAUGACAAUUAUAUUAAGGACUCCAAAAAUUUUGAACUGCUGAAACAAAACUUAGAAGAAAAAGAGAAAUACCUUUCAGCCAUGAAAGAAGAGAACAAUCAUUUGAAAGAAGAAAUUGAGCGACUAAAAGAACAGCAGAAUAGGUCACCCCCUUUGGCUGAGCCAAAAACCCUAGAUAUCAUCACUGAACUGGAAGCGGAAAUAACACAAUUAACUAUACUUAAAAAUAAUCUUGAAGAAGAAGAGAAACUCAAUAAAAAGGUGUUGGAGGAUCAAAAUCAGCAAAUGGCCCAACUUCAGCAGUCCCUGCAAGAGUAUAAAAAAGAGAUAGAGGACUCUAAAUUUCAGCUUCAGCAAAUGAACAUUGCACAUGAGCAGGUAUGCAGGGAUAAAGAUGAAGAAAUCAAAAGCCUACAACGAACAAUAGAGCAGUUGCACAGUCAGAAAAAAGUCAUUCAGCCAGACCAUACAGAUCUCUUUCAUGAAACCAAAGUCCAGACACUGAACGGUGAAAAUGGGAAUGAGAAACAUGAUUUAUCUAAAGCUGAAAUUGAAAGGCUGGUAAAAGGGAUCAAGGAGAGAGAAAUGGAGAUUAAACUGUUGAAUGAGAAGAAUGUCUCACUAAGUAGACAGAUUGAUCAAUUAACCAAAGAUGAAGUUGGCAAACUUACACAGAUUAUCCAAGAGAAAAACUUGGAGAUACAAGCUCUUCAUGCAAGGGUUUCCUCCCCGUCUUAUCGACAGGAUGUUCUUUUUCUUCAGCAGCAAUUGCAAGCUUAUGCAAUGGAAAGAGAGCAAGUCCUGGCAGUUCUUAGUGAGAAGACUAGGGAGAACAGUCAGUUAAAAACAGAUUAUCAUAAGAUGAUCGAUAUUGUAGCAGCUAAGGAAGCAGCACUGAAGAAACUGCAGGAAGAAAACCAAAAACUAGCUGGUGAAUAUAAAAGCAGCAGUGAAGAUAUGUCCCGAGAAACAAUCAAAAAUUUGUCUCGUAUCAUUAGAGAAAAAGAUAUUGAGAUUGACGCUUUAAGCCAAAAAUGUCAAACGUUAUUGACUGUCCUACAGACCUCCAACAUGGGUACAGGCAGUGAGUUAGGAGGAAUUAAUAGCAAUCAGUUUGAAGAACUUUUGCAGGAGCGUGACAAACUGAAACAGCAAGUGAAGAAAAUGGAAGAGUGGAAGAAACAAGUGAUGACCACAGUCCAGAAUAUGCAGCAUGAAUCUGCUUCUCUCCAAGAAGAACUUCAGAAGCUUCAGGCACAAAUUUCAGCUGACAGUGAGAACAGUUCUCAGUUGCAGAUUGAAUAUAAUGGCUUAAUCCAGUCCUAUGAACAGAAUGAGCAAAAACUGAAAACAUUUAGCCAAGAAUUAGCACAAGUUCAGCAUACCAUAGGAGAGCUUAACAAUACCAGGGAUAUUAUUCUGGGCAAGCUUGAUAUGGUAAAACCUCUGCCAUUGGUCUCUUCAACUGAAGAACAUCCGUUAGAUAUUCCUAGCAAUGUCACAUCUCAGACACUUGCCAAUGAAACCAAACCACUAAUUGAGGAACUGGAACGCAUGACAAGAAGAUUGCAGGAAAAAGAUGCAACCAUCCAUACUCUGCAGGAGAAUAAUCAGAGGCUGUCUGAUUCUGUGGCUGCUUCAUCAGAAGUAGAAAGGAAAUGUCAGGAGGAGUCUCAUUUGGAGAUAAAGCACUUGAAGGAGAAAUGUGAUCUCUUGCAGAAAUCGCUCAGAGAAAAAGAUUUGCUCAUAAAGUCCAAAAGUGAUCAAUUGCUUUCCUUUGGUGAAAAUCUUAGCAAUAAAGAGAAUGAAAAUGAGUUGUUGAAGCAAGGUGUCACUAACCUAAAGGAAAGAACUCUUAUUUUAGAAAUGGACAUUUGUAAGUUGAAAGAAGAAAAUGACAGAAUAGUUGCAAGGUGUCAAGAAAAAGAAACAGAAUUCAGAGCACUUCAAGAGACGAACAUGCAGUUUUCUAUGAUGCUGAAGGAGAAGGAAUUUGAAUCUCAUUCCAUGAAAGAGAAGGCUCUGACAUUUGAAAAAAUGUUGAAAGAAAGAGAGCAGGGAAAUGCAGGGGAGCUGAACCAGCUGUUGAAUGAGGCCAAGGCAAUGCAAGAAAAGGCUGUCACUUUUCAGCAUGAGAGAGAUCAAGUCAUGCUGGCACUCAAGCAGAAACAAAUGGAGACUAGUGCCCUGCAGAGUGAGGUGCAGCAUUUACGUGAUAAGGAACAACGUCUCAAUCAAGAAUUGGAGAGGCUGCGCAAUCAUCUUUUAGAAAGGGAAGAUACUUCCACACGUGAGGCUUUAGCAGCUGAGGAGCGGGAAUCUAAGCUGAAAAAGAAAGUUCAGAUUUUGGAGGAGAAGCUGCAGUCUUCAUCAACUGCAGUGGAAAAUGCCAGCCAUCAGGCUACUAUGCAGGUGGAAUCCUUGCAGGAACAGCUGGAUAUUGUAACUAAAGAGAGAGAUGAGACUGUGCUUCAACUAAAGAUGUCUCAAGACCAAGUGAAACAGUAUGCUAUGUCCCUUGCCAACCUGCAGAUGGUGCUAGAGCAGUUUCAGCGAGAAGAGAAGGCCAUGUAUUCAGCUGAGCUACAGAAACACCAAAAGCAGAUUGCAGAGUGGAAGGAAAAAGCAGCACAGCUAGAAGAUAAAGUGGUUUCAUUACAGGAAAGAUUAGAAGAAGCAAACGCAGCACUAGAUUCUGCAUCAAGACUAACAGAACAAUUGGAUCUCAAAGAAGAGCAAAUUGAGGAGCUUAAAAGACAAGGUGAAAUAAAACAAGAAAUGUUGGAUGAUGCACAAAACAAGCUUAUGAAUCUCAUAAACAGCACAGAAGGAAAAGUAGACAAGGUCUUGAUGAGAAAUCUUUUCAUUGGCCAUUUUCAUACCCCAAAGAACAAACGUCAUGAAGUACUGAGGCUCAUGGGAAGUAUCCUAGGAAUAAAAAAAGAUGAACUAGAGGAGUUACUGUCAGAAGAUCAGAAAAGUGUUGCUCGAUGGGUAACUGGGUGGUUUGGAGGAAGCGCUGUGUCAAAGAGUGUCCCCAACACACCUCUGAGACCAAACCAGCAGUCAGUCUUUAACAGUUCUUUUUCCGAACUAUUUGUGAAGUUCCUUGAAACAGAAUCUCGUCCAACUCUUCCCCCACCUAAACUGUCUGUUCAUGACAUGAAACCUUUAGAAGCAACAGGAAUUCGCAAACCCAGUACAAGUCCCUCCAGCAACAUGACAGAUCCAACAGGCUUGGGAACCAGUCGAAGACCAGAUGCAAAUCCAUUCCUUGCACCUCGAUCCGCAGCAGUACCACUCAUCACCCCGACUAAUCUUGGAACUGGUGGAUCCGGCCAUUUGCUUAUGAAACCUAUUUCUGAUGCCUUACCCACUUUUACACCAUUGCCAGUAGCACCUGAUGCUAGUGCUGGUGCAGUACUAAAAGACCUGUUAAAGCAAUAGACAGUUUGAAGUCCAGGCUGACAGUAGCACUUUAAGGAGGAAGAGAACAGUUCAUUCAUAUAAUAUGCCACAAAGAGGCCUUUUGUAAAAUUAUACUUGUUCUUAAGUUUUUCAUAUCUCUCUCUCUCUUCCUCCUCCCCUCUCCAAUUUCCCAAGUGCUUUUCUGAACAAAUUCAUUGGGGUUUUUAAAAAAGAAAGAUACUGCAGAUAUAACAGGAAAAAUAACCAUUAUUAUAUUAGUUUGCAGAAUGAAAUUUCAAAUGGAAAUUGCUGAUCCACAAGAUAACAAAAGUUAAAAGUUUACUAGAUCUACACAAAGUUUUCAAACGAUGUAACAGCCAGUUUAAUACAGAGAUGGUAGUUCAACCACAUGUGCAUUUUUUUUUCCUUUGGCAAAAUAUGUUUGAACUGCUGCCUAAAGCACAGAUAGGAUGGUUUGUUUGCUUAGGGGGGGUUGUAUGUAAAAAGGGUACAACUUUUGUAGAUGAGCCAUUGAGUACAUUAGGAAUCCAGCACAAUGGGGAUGGGCACUACACAGCUUGUGGGAUACAUCUGCUGCAGUGUCCCUUCAGCACUUCCAAACCACACCUGGUGGAGCCUGAAACAAUGAGGGGGUGAAAUGACACUCUGGUGUGUGUGCUGAGGGAGCCUGGGAAACCAUAUGUUUGCAACCUUUAUUAUAUGUCAGAUUCUAAUCCAGGCUGAGCACUUCAGUCCAAGGCGCUCCUCCUUCAUUUAACUGAUAAGCAACAACUUUGUUAUAUCCAAUGUAAUAAUGAUCUAGAUUGUUUUUAUGCUUUCAGAUAUUAUCCAUGUAUUGAGCCAUCAUGAUGUUGUAAAGGGAUAAAGAAAAUGGCAUGAGCAGACAAGAGUCUGUGAUCUGAUUAUGCUAAACCAGUGGUUCCCAACAUUGGGUCCCCAGAUGUUUUUGGACUAAGCUUUCACCACUAGCUGUGCUGAGGGUUGUCCAAUAACAUCUGGUGGGCUGAAGUCGGGAACCACUGUGCUAAAGAUAAUGAAGCACAAUAUUAUUGUCUCUGGGCAACUAAGAGAUAGUUUGCACCAGACAAAAAUAAUCUGCUUACAUGAGAAGGAUGUGCUAGGAAGGGCUGUUAUUUGAUGCACAUAGAUUAUUCCAGUGCUAUGCCAUCUCUAGUAUUUGAACCACUAGGUAGUUGGGGGGGAUUUGUGUGGAAGAAUAUUAAUGUCUCUCAAAUAUUAUUUGUGAGUCCUCACUUCAGAAUUUCAGUUGGAGUGUGUUAGCUCUAAAAGUUACUUGGGACAAUGAAUAUUCCAAAAUGCCAGCAUUAAUAAGUUCAAGGACAUUUUUCAGUAGUUUCAUCUCACAUUUAGUGAGUGACCACUAGUAGUAAACAUGUUAUCCCAUUUGUAUAUUUAUAAUAUAAAUAUGUUUAAAGUAUGUAGUACUGUAAUGGUUCAAGAUGUAUAUUUAAGAGAUAAUUGCUUAUAUAGUACAUUUGAUUGGAAAAUUGAAGUUGUAUGUAUAAAGCUUGAUAUGAAUCAUGCUUAAUUCCAAAUAUGUAAAUAGGUCUACAUAAGAAUAAGUAGAAUUCUGUAAAUUUUGCUGCAUAGAUGUGCAGUUUAUAUUGAAUGUGUCAAUGUAUUGACACAAGUACUGAAACGAGUUCUUGAUGCCUUGAAACAUAAUUUAAGACACAACAUCGCAAAAGGGAUACUGUAUUUUCUAUAGAACUAGUUUUAUGCCAUCAUUAACAUAAUAUUAAAUGUAAUAUUAGUUUGUAGCCAAAGAGGCUGUCCUUCAUUUUAUGGAACAGGGAGGUUGCAAUGUACUCUCCAUCCUAUGGUCUCUGUGCCCUCAAAUAUUUUCUGUUAGUGUACUCAAGGUAGCUGAUGGGGGGCAUAGAGGUUGCUGGAGAGAAAAGAAGGACAAAAAAUCAUGAUGCCCAAGUGGAAACUCACUCCCAUGACAUUAGAUUUUAUCCACCAUGUUAAGUUCCAUGUUAGAACUCAAAAGAUUUUUCUCCUGGGUCUCUUGGUUACUACACUGUAUUUUGAAUUGAAUUUGCAUGUAAAUGGAAAUGCAGUUGCCUAGAAGCUACCAAAUUAAUGAACACAAACAGCCUUCUUUUCUAUUACAUACUGAUUUUGUAAAAACUGAAAUCCCUAUAAAAUUCUUCUCCGGCAUGGUUUCAAGAAUUUCUGUUCAUAACAGAGUAUUACCUUUUGACUUCUACUGUUUUCAACAUGCUUAAUUGAGGAGGUUUUGAAGAUUAAAGUUUAUUAAAAAUAUGAGAAGUUAUGGUUUGAAAAUGUUUAUUCUCACUACAACUUCUUAAUGAACUAGUUUUUUUAAAAAAAAGAUUCCUAGUUUCUUGAGGUGCAGUGAGCACAUUUUUGUGCACAGUUUUAUGAGUGGUAUACGAGAGCGUAAUCUUAAAAAUUUCAGAAUGGUUUCCUAUUCAUUUCUCUUGUUUAUAGGCCACUUUUCUCCUGCUAAUGGGACUCGAAGCAGCUUCAUAUAACAUGUAUCACUUUUUUCCAUCCUUCAUGUGGAGCAAAAAUCACCAAACCUUGGGCAAGGGUUCAGACAGUUUCCAAGGGAAGCGCCAGGAGGCUGCAUCCCAAAAAUAUACACGAAUAUAGAAGUGUUUAAAAGAUAUAAAAUUUUAGGUCAAGAUACUGAAUUUCCUUCAUUGGAGAAAGCUUUCAGUCCUUGUGUCAUUUUUCAAUAAUCCAUUUUAUUUGUUGUAAUGGCUUC